AUGCGCGGCUCCCGGGGAGGCGUGUGGCUGGCGGUGUUCGCGUCGCUCCUUCACGGUAAAGCCGCCACCGCCGUCUCCCCUCCCUUCGCUCCUGCGCGAGAUCCCGGGCCUCCGGACGGCUCCGUGCGCCCCGCGCCGGGGCGGAUGUCCCUGCAAGGCGAGUUCCAGAGGAAGCUCUACAAGGAGCUGGUCAAGAACUACAACCCCUUGGAGAGGCCCGUGGCCAACGACUCGCAGCCUCUCACUGUCUACUUCUCGCUGAGCCUCCUGCAGAUCAUGGACGUGGAUGAGAAGAACCAAGUUUUAACCACUAACAUUUGGCUGCAAAUGUCUUGGACAGAUCACUACUUACAAUGGAACACGUCGGAAUACCCAGGCGUGAAGAGCGUUCGUUUCCCGGAUGGUCAGAUUUGGAAGCCAGAUAUUCUUCUCUAUAACAGUGCAGAUGAGCGAUUUGAUGCCACGUUUCACACCAACGUUCUAGUGAAUUCUACCGGGCAUUGUCAGUACCUCCCUCCAGGCAUAUUCAAGAGCUCUUGCUACAUUGAUGUGCGCUGGUUCCCCUUCGAUGUGCAGCAAUGCAAACUGAAGUUUGGCUCCUGGACUUACGGAGGGUGGUCCUUGGAUUUGCAGAUGCAGGAGGCAGAUAUCAGUGGCUACAUCCCAAACGGAGAAUGGGAUCUUGUGGGAAUCCCUGGCAAGAGGAGUGAGAGGUUCUACGACUGCUGCAAGGAGCCGUACCCGGACGUCACCUUCACGGUGACCAUGCGCCGCCGGACCCUCUACUACGGCCUCAACCUGCUCAUCCCCUGCGUGCUCAUCUCGGCGCUGGCCCUCCUGGUGUUCCUGCUUCCCGCAGACUCCGGGGAGAAGAUCUCCCUGGGUAUAACGGUUUUACUGUCUCUUACUGUCUUCAUGCUCCUUGUGGCCGAGAUCAUGCCGGCAACAUCAGAUUCAGUGCCGCUGAUAGCCCAGUACUUCGCCAGCACCAUGAUCAUCGUGGGCCUCUCCGUCGUCGUGACGGUGAUUGUGCUGCAGUACCACCACCACGACCCUGACGGCGGCAAGAUGCCCAAGUGGACCAGAAUCAUCCUCCUGAACUGGUGCGCCUGGUUCCUGCGCAUGAAGAGGCCCGGGGAGGACAAGGUGCGGCCCGUCUGCCAGCACAAGCAGCGCCGCUGCAGCCUGGCCAGCGUGGAGAUGAACGCGGCCCCGGGGCCGCCUGCCAGCAACGGGAACCUGCUCUACAUCGGCUUCCGCGGCCUGGACGGCCUGCACUGCGCCCCGACGCCUGACUCCGGGGUGGUGUGCGGCCGCCUGGCCUGCUCCCCCACGCACGACGAGCACCUCCUGCACGGCGGGCCGCCCUCCGAGGGCGACCCGGACCUGGCCAAGAUCCUGGAGGAGGUGCGCUACAUCGCCAGCCGCUUCCGCUGCCAGGACGAGAGCGAGGAGGUCUGCAGCGAGUGGAAGUUCGCGGCCUGCGUGGUGGACCGCCUGUGCCUCAUGGCCUUCUCCGUCUUCACCGUCAUCUGCACCAUCGGCAUCCUCAUGUCCGCUCCCAACUUCGUGGAGGCCGUAUCUAAGGACUUCGCUUAGCACCUGCUCGUCCCAUACGGGUACUGGAAAUGCACAGACAGGAAAUGUCUUUGGUUUGGGACAAAAGGGGUGCUAAUCCCACUGUAACAUGAAAUCCACACUUGAUAACUCAGAUGCACCUUGGUCACCCAUGUUCAUGUUGCCAACAAUGUCACUGAUAUUUUCAGUAAUAAGGUAUAGGCAAAUUUUCUUUUAAUCCUCUCAAAUCUGCAAAUGGAUACCCUUGGAGCAGCCCUAGAUUGCUGGACCUCUGAGAAGUCCUAUUAUCCAUUUCCCUUUUCCUGGGGAGCCCCUCAGAGAGGAGCCAGGUAGCUGAAGACUGCCAGGGGAGGCCCAUACUGUUAGUUUUGCAUGCUUGCAUGUCAUUUGCCAUGACAGCCUAGGAAAACCCAGCAUCUGCUUUUGCCUGUGUAAAACCUAAAUUGAAAAUAACAAUACCCCAAACUCACUGAAUCCAUUCAAAUAAUCAGCUGGUGAAGGGGGAAAAAGAAUUUAAAACUGAAAACUUAACCACUGAUGUUCCUGCAAAUUCCCGUUUUUUCUCUACCAAAGAUAGAUGCUAGAGAGAAACAAGUUUAUGCUGUUUCUACAUUAAAAAAAAAAA